AUGUAUGGACAAAAGGAUGUGGAGCACUGUUACUACCAUGGUCAUGUGAAGAAGACUUGGAGCAGUUCAGUGGCUGUCAGUACUUGUAAUGGGAUCAGAGGAGUGAUUCAUCUUGAAAACGCGACCUAUGUCAUUGCUCCAUUAGAUGAUGCCAGCAAGGAAGAGCCCCGGGCACAUGUGGUGUUUCAAACACUGGGACCAGUGGAGACAUCUUGUGGGAAUGACAUCGCUCAGUGGCAGUCGUACACUCAGCUACACAGGAGAGAAUUCUUACACCGCAUGAAGACCGUGAAAGCCAAGCGCGUGCAGAGGAACAUCAGAUCAGAGACUAAGUACAUUGAGUUGGGCAUGGUACUUGACCAUAGUAUGUCGCGUCAAACCAACUUGUCACAGGAGCAGUCCCUGCAGUAUGCACUGGAGAUAGGCAACAUCAUGGACCUGUACUACAAGCCAAUGAACAUCCGUGUGGCCUUGACCUACAUAGAGGUCUGGAACCAAGGCAACCAGAUAUCUGUGUCAAGUAACGUCCGCCAGACGCUUCAGGAGUUCAUGGUGUACCGGGAGCAGCACAUGAAGUCUGCACAAAUAGACGUUGCUCAACUGAUCACUAUGGAGAAGUUUGAGCAUGGUAUGGCGGGUAUGGCGGUACCAGACUCUGUGUGUACAGCCAGGGCUGUCGGGGUCAAUCAUAACCCUGACUUUGAGCAGCAACACCAGGUGGCGAGUACAGUGGCUCACAUGAUAGGACACAACCUAGGUCUCAGCCAUGAUGAUAAUUCACGCCAGUGUUCAUGUGGUUUAACAUCAGGGUGCAUCAUGGGACAGAAUAUUGUUAACUCCCGUGGCCACCAUCCCAGUGACUUCUCGCAGUGCAGCGAGGAGGACCUGGACACUGCGCUGCAGACAGGACUAGGUUGGUGUCUUUUUGAGAGCCCCAAAGAGCCUGCGUUUCCUCAGUACUGUGGGAACAGCUUUGUGGAGAGAGGAGAAGAGUGUGACUGCGGCCCUCCAGAGCUGUGUGCUAAUACCGACCCUUGCUGUGACGCUACCACAUGUCUCCUGAAACCUUGGGCAAGGUGUAAAUCUGGACCCUGCUGUCAUAAUUGUACUGUGCGCACAUCAGUGUUCAAGUGCAGAGAAGCUUCCAAUGAAUGUGAUGUUCCUGAGUUCUGUGAUGGUAUCCAUGGAGAGUGUCCGUCCAAUGCCUAUGUCCAAGAUGGUCAGCCGUGUAGUGCAGGGAAUGGCUACUGCUUCCACGGACGAUGUCCAUCCAAGGACCAGCAGUGUCAGAACCUGUGGGGGGAAGGUUCAUCCUCGUCUGCUUACAAGUGUUACGAGGUGUACAACCCCACUGGAGGGAUGAACGGACACUGCGGCAGAGACGCCAGCACUGGGAAAUUCUGGGAGUGCGACCAACAGAAUGUCCAGUGCGGGCUACUCCACUGCCAAGGAGGUCAGAACUGGCCACUGAAAGGGGACACCAACCUCAUAGAAAUCUCCAGGACGAUUUAUGGCACCAGUGGACAGGAGUAUGAGUGCAAGACAGCCAAUGGUGCCCCGAGUGCUGACGUGACAGACAUGGGACUGGUAGAGGAGGGAACCAAGUGUGCCCACAACAGACUGUGUGUAAACCGUGUGUGCGUACACAUAGAUACCAUCAUCAGGAAGAAACCCUGCCCCAAGGGAUUGGACAACAGGACCUGCUCGGGACAUGGGGUUUGCACCACAAAGCAGACAUGUCACUGCGACACUGGCUGGUCAGGAACCAACUGCAGCGCGCCUCUCCGUGACCCAGACAAGCCCACCACCCCACCAAUCAGAGACGGCGAUGAGGUCAUAGUUCAUUUCCCGCCUGAUGAGAUAAACACUGCGGAAUUGUUUACUACCACUGUCAAUGGUAGUGCUGUGCUGGCACCUCAAGUGGCAGACUCUGGUGACACAGUGAGACUGGUGAUCAUUCUUGUCGCGGUGACGGGAUGUGUGGUAGUGGUGCUGGUACUGGCCAUGUUGUGUUACAGACGGAAGAGCCCAGCCUCUGUGACAACCAAGUGGUUUGGGAAAAAGAAGACACUGAGCAGCAAACACAGUGAGUCCAGUGCUGAGGAGGGUAUUGUGAGGAUUAUAAAGUUUGGAAAUAUGCCCUCAUAUAGGCAAGACAAAUUAGACGAAAGAAAAAAGAGGCGAAAGAAGUCACCCCUGGGUAUCGGCAGCGGCAGCGAGUCGGAAACCCCACACAUCAGCGCAGACGACCAAACAGACAUUAAAAUCGUCCACAAUAAUUUAUCAAAGACCCCGGAGAGGGGGAUUCUCAAAAACGGUCCAAGGAGCUCGGAGAGUUUACAGAACAUAGGGCACAGGGACGACAGUGGGCGUGGCAGCCGGGAGAGCCGUAAGCCCGAGCUGAGUCCCAGCGACAACGAGGUUUACGUCAUGAGCGAUGACAGUCGGGGGUCUGGUAAAAGAUUGACGUAUUCGCACAGCAAGGAUAAUUUUGAUGUGACGAAGUUACGGGGGUCACCUGUCCCGCCUCACACCCUGUUUGUAGAUAGUAACGGGGACCCUAUAUCUAUUGAUAUGUUGGAGGAAGAGACGCCCUCCAUGUCAAGUAAAGAAAACUUAGCACAAACUUUAAUGUCUCAAAUUCCUAAAUCAGGGAGCAAAAACUCUUACAGAGAAGUGAAAUCUGAUCCAAAUUCUCCAUACUCGCCACAAGACAGAGAGCCGCGUUUCGGUGAGGAGAAUUUAUAUGAUAAUCAGAUGUCACCAGUGAAAUCUGGAAGCGAAGAGGGCCUUUCCUCGAAAUUGUCGUCGUCUCCGAAAAGGUCGCCUCAGAGACAAGUGAAAAGUAAAAGUCGAAGUAGGGAGAAUCUUCCCGACCGACAACAGGUCGACCAGUCUCCUUGCAGAGAAGAGCAAGAUGGCGGCAGCGGAGAAAGUGGAGACUCUCUAGGAAAACAGCAGCGGUUGGGUUCCACGUCCAGGUCUCGUAUUAUCAAACUACGCAACUUGGAGGACUUGAUAAAACAGAUAGACCAACAAGAGGCCAACAACCUCUCUCCUGCAAACUCGGAAGACUUUCGCUGCAGCGAGCCCGAGGCGGACCGCCAUUUUCGUAAAGGACAGUUCAGUCUGCAGGAGACGGAACCCGUGGUCGGUAACGGCGGUGCUGAUCUGGAUGGUUUUGAUAAGAAAAAACAAAGAGACAGCAUUGAUUCUGUGUCUUCCCCAGCCAGUCCUCAAUAUUAUCACAUCGAUUCUUCUCCGAACGGCUCCCCAAAUAGACUAAGCCAAAAGAGGCGCUCUUUUGGAUCCGGCGGAGCUUUCCGAGAAAUCUCUCCUCAGCAAGUUUUCCGUCCUCUAUCGAGUGAAGACUCGCAGCUUCCUCACAGCGUCUCUCCCGACAACCACUUUCGUCCCGUUUCACCGCCGAAAACUCCCGUGAGGCGGGUAUCGCCGGAAUACGGCUACCCCGCGCACAAACAAAACCAGUUUCGCCCCAUUGCUCCCGCCAGAAUAUCUUACGAGACGUCAGAUCAGGCGCCGGUUUCUCCGUCAAAAAGGAGGCACUCGACUGGUCGCAUGAAAAGUAGACAGAAGUAUGUGUGACGAGAGUACCUGUGCGUAAAUCUGGACGUCGAAAUUAAAAACUGCCGCUUAGAUAUCACAUUUCUGUCAUAAUAAGAUGCUUAAUUUUUCUCAAAGCUUACAUUCUCGACAGUUUAUGUCAAAAGUGUAGUAUUUUUGUACGUGGCAAUAGUGCUGUUCUAAAAGCCCGCAAGCACACCGUCAUUUGAGCUGUAAAUGUGCAAAAAUAUCACAUAUUUCAGGUGCUCUCGCAAAUGAGAGAAAAACACCCGAUUUAAGGACGUUCAGUAAAGUUCACUUAUAUGAACAAAAUUCAUCUAACUUUCUACAUCAGAGACGCCAAGU